CUUGAGAUUGCACCAAGCCCCGGCUCCCGAGCAUAUCCGACCCCUGGCCUGGCUGAUCUCACCUUCCACAGCGACCGACCGAACCGCCGAAAAUGCCCCUGCGUCUGGAGAUCAAGAGAAAGCUCUCAAACCGAUCUGAGAGAGUCAAGGCACUCGACUACCACCCGACCGAGCCUUGGCUGCUGACGGCUCUAUACAACGGAAACGUCUAUAUCUGGAACCAUGAGACUCAAACCAUCGUCAAGACCUUUGAGACCACGGACCUGCCAGUUCGUGCGGCAAAGUUUAUUCCCCGCAAGUCCUGGCUGGUGACUGGAUCCGACGACAUGCAGAUCCGUGUGUUCAACUACAACACGCACGAAAAAGUGACCACCUUCGAGGCCCACUCGGACUAUAUUCGCAGCAUCGCCGUCCACCCGACUCAGCCCUAUAUCUUGACGAGCUCCGAUGAUAUGUCGAUCAAGCUGUGGGACUGGGAUAAGGGAUGGAAGAACCUCAUGGUUUUCGAGGGACAUACCCAUUUUGUCAUGCACGUUGUCUUCAACCCGAAAGAUGGCAACACCUUCGCCAGCGCCUGUCUGGAUUCGACCAUCAAAGUGUGGUCGCUCGGAUCCAACGUUGCCAACUACACACUCAAGGGCCACUCCCAGGGUGUCAACUGCGUCGACUACUACCACGGUGGCGACAAGCCGUAUCUUGUCUCUGGUGCCGACGACAAGCUCGUCAAGAUCUGGGACUACCAGAACAAGACCUGUGUUCAGACACUGGAGGGCCACACCCAGAACGUCAUUGCCGUCGGUUUCCACCCCAACCUGCCCAUCAUCCUCAGUGGCAGCGAAGACGGGACCGUGCGUAUUUGGCACGCCAACACAUACCGCCUCGAGAACACUCUAAACUACACAAUGGAGCGUGUCUGGGCGAUUGCGUACACCAAGCAGAGCAACGAUGUCGCCUUUGGCUACGAUGAGGGAACGAUCGCAAUCAAGCUUGGUCGCGAGGAGCCCGUCAUCAGCAUGGAUUCCAGCGGCAAAAUCAUCUGGGCCAAGCACAGCGAGAUUCAGACCGCUAAUGUCAAGAGCGUCGCCGAGGAAGGCACCAAGGACGGCGAUCGCAUUGUUCUCAGCAGCAAGGACCUCGGCAGCUGUGAAGUCUACCCUCAGACCCUCCAGCACAGCCCGAAUGGCCGAUUCGUCGUCGUGUGUGGCGAUGGCGAGUACAUCAUCUACACUGCCCUGGCCUGGCGCAACAAGAGCUUUGGAAGUGCCCUCGAGUUUGUGUGGGCCCUCGACUCCAACGAGUACGCAGUCCGCGAGACCUCGUCCAAGGUCAAGCUGUUCAAGAACUUCAAGGAGAAGAACGUGCAAAUCAAGCUGUCGUACAGCGCCGAGGGCAUCUUUGGUGGCGUUCUGCUCGGAAUCCGCAGCAGCACCUUCCUGAGCUUCUAUGACUGGGAGACCGGCGUCUGUGUCCGACGGGUCGACAUUGUGGCCAAGAGCGUGUUCUGGUCCGAGUCUGAUCUGGUUGCGAUCGCCUGCGAGGACACCACCUACAUUCUCAAGUUCAACCGUGUUGCCUACCAGCAGCGUCUGGACCAAAUGUCGGCCGCCGAUCUGACGGAAGAGGGUAUCGAGGACGCUCUCGAACUCAUCACCGAGAUUUCAGAAUGCAUCAAGACUGGCUGCUGGGUUGGCGACUGCUUCAUCUACACCAACAGCGUCAAUCGCCUCAACUACCUCGUUGGCGGCCAGACCUCGACUCUCAGCCACUUCGACAGCACCAUGUACAUUCUCGGAUACAUCCCUCGCGACAACCGUGUCUACUUGACCGACAAGGACCAGACUGUCAUCAGCUACGCCCUUCCGUUGAGUCUGAUCGAGUAUCAGACUGCCAUUCUGCGCGGCGACUACGAGCACGCCGAGAGCGUUUUGCCCAACGUGCCGGCCGACCAACGCAACAGAAUCGCCCGUUUCUUGGAAGGCCAGAAUUUGAAGGAGCAGGCCCUCGUGGUGUCUAUCGAUCCGGAACACAAGUUCGAUCUUGCCAUCCAGCUGAACCAUCUGAACGUUGCCUACGAGAUCGCCCUCGAGGUCGACCAAGAGGACAAAUGGAAGACGGUCGGCGACUGCGCCUUGGCUGCCUGGCAGUUCAAGCUGGCUGAAGAAUGCCUGCGCAGAGCCAAGGACAUCGAUGGCCUGUUGAUGUUCUAUCAAGCCAGCGGUAACGCCAGUGGCCUCAAGUACCUGGCUGAGCUUGCUGCCUCCAAGGGCCGAAACAACAUCUCGUUCCUCUGCCAUCUCCUGCUUUCCGAGGUCGAGGAGUGUGCCCAGAUCCUCAAGGCCACCCACCGCAUUCCCGAGGCUGCCCUCAUGGCUCGCACCUUCACUCCGUCAUUGAUCUCGCCCAUGCUCAGUGCCUGGAAGGCCUCCCUUGUUCAGGAGGGCAAGACCAAGACUGCCGAGUCCCUCGCCGAUCCCAAGGACUACCCGAAUCUCUUCCCCGAUAUCCAAUACGCUCUUGUUGCCGAGGACGCCUUUAUGCGUCGGCGAGAGCGCGGCCGCCCCAGCGCUACCGAGUACAACGAUUGGAAGGACAGCUUGGACUGGGAUGUUGUCGGAGACACGAUUCCCGGACGGCAUCCCUGGCUCGUCUCCGGCCUCUAACGGCGGACCUAGAGUCACCUUUGACGAUACUCCCGACAUCGACGGCGAGCCUGAGUCGGCUGAGCCAGAGGGGCGAGCGGCCAC